GACGCCAGCACUGGGAGGGACGGAGCAGGAACAGCGGGAGACCCAGAAUACACCACUGACCUGUCAGGGAAACUGGGUAAGACACUGAGCACUGUAUCUCUCUCUCUGAUGUUUAUCUCUGGUUUCAUCUGAUCCUAGAUCAUUUAGAAAACAGGGCAUUGUCUUAGUGAUGGGUAUGUAGUGGCCCAGUCUCUAGAGAGGGAGUGUAGUUCUAGUUUUGGAGGGGCCAAGUGUGUCUGGCCACACCUGACACACACACCCCCUCUCUAGAGACCCCCCACCCACCCCACCAGCAGGGUGCUCUUUGCUUUGGUAAUUGCCUCUGACAGGCCAGAGAGCAGGCUAUUUGAGUGAAGUGUGAUUGGGGAAACAUUCCAUCCUCUCCCCUCUCUUUCUGUUGGCUGCCCCCUUGGACUCUGUCGGUACUGAGCUCCACUGUCAGUGGCUGCAGAAUCUAGCCGUGUUCUACCCUGAUCAAAGGCGGGCUGCCAUGAGUAUUGUUGCACUGUGAAGUGUGGUGGUGAAGUGUGGUUGUGAAGUGUGGUGGUGAGGUGUGGUGGUGAAUUGAGGUGAGGUGUGGUGAGGUGUGGUGGUGGUGAGGUGUGGUGGUGAGGUGAGGUGUGGUGGUGGUGAGGUGAGGUGUGGUGGUGGUGAGGUGUGGUGGUGAGGUGUGGUGGCGAGGUGUGGUGGUGGUGUUGAGGUGUGGUGGUAGUGAGGUGUGGUGGUGAGGUGUGGGGGUGUGCUGGUGGUGAGGUGUGGUGGUGAGUUGUGGUGAGGUGUGGUGGUGAGUUGUGGUGGUGAGGUGUGGUGGUGGUGAAUUGUGGUGGUGAGGUGUGGUGGUGGUGUGGUGGUGAGGUGUGGUGGUGAGGUGUGGUGGUGGUGAAUUGUGGUGGUGAGGUGUGGUGGUGGUGUGGUGGUGAGGUGUGGUGGUGAGGUGUGGUGGUGGUGAUGAAGUGUGGUGAUGAAGUGCUCCACUGGGCUGUGACCCUGACUCUGCUCUCAGCUCUCUAGAAGGCCAGACCAGUGGUAUCAAACUGGGUUAUGUUAUGCUGAAUAGUGCCGCCACACCAGAAAUACUGUUGGACCCCAAAUGGAAGCCCCACUACAUACCCUUAAUAUUUAUUUGUUCAGUGUUAGAAAAAUUACGUUGUCAAACAAACAGACUCAACCUUAAUUAUUUUCAAAGUCCUCCAGCGUGAUUCAUUGCAAUAUUUAAUAGCUGUCUGGUGUGCAUUGUGCAUACCAUUAUAAACUGUUCCUGUGAACUUCACCAACAACACUAUUUCAUAAACAACCCUUUCUUUGAUCUCAGUCCGACCACGCUUCACGCAGCCAGCCAAGAUGAGGAAGCGCGUGAUUGCCCGGCCAGUGGGCAGCUCAGUACGGCUGAAGUGCACGGCCAGCGGGAACCCUCGUCCGGACAUCGUGUGGCUGAAGGACAACAAGCCGCUGACCCCUGAGGAGGUGGGUGAGGGCCGUAAGAAGAAGUGGACCCUGAGUCUGAAGAAUCUGACCCCUGAGAACAGCGGGAAGUACACCUGCCACGUCUCCAACCGGGCUGGAGAGAUCAACGCCACAUACAAAGUGGAAGUCAUCCGUAAGUUUGGUCACUUACUUACUUUCAGUAUAGAUGUAUUGCUUUUUGGAUGAUUUAUAAGCUUGGGUCAAUGUUGAAUGGUGAGGUUGGAUUAGCAUUGAGCUAGGGUUGGAGUAGGGUAUUAAUGCAGGGUGUUGAGUUUGGAGGUUGUGCAUUAACUUGGAUUUACUGGUCAGAUUGGUUUAUAGUUGAGUAUUGAGGAUGGGGUUUGGGUUUAGGUUGUUAAUGGUCGGUUGAGCGUUGAGCUGUGAGGUUGGGUUAAACCUGGGCUGGUGUGGUAUGGUGAGCUUCAGCCUUCCUCUCUCUCUCCCCUUGGCCAUCUGCUUAGCAUUAUAUCCCAGCUGUGUACGCAGAAGCGGAGAGGAGAGGAAGUGAAUAAAACUUGUGCUUGCUUGUGUCAAAUGUGGUAUUUUCUCCCUCAACCUCAGACUAUUCUAGCCGCAGCACAGAGAAUGAGAGGAAAGCGCUGAACAUGGCAAUAACUUUUCUGUUAAUAUGAAUAGUAUGAAUAUGCUCUAUAACGUUUUUUCCCGUUAUAGAGCGGACACAUUCCAAGCCUAUCCUGACCGGCACCCAUCCGGUGAACACCACGGUGGACUACGGCGGCACCACCUCAUUCCAGUGUAAGGUCCGCAGCGACGUCAAGCCGGUGAUUCAGUGGCUGAAGAGGGUGGAGCCGGGGGAUGAGAACAAGUACAACUCCACCAUCGAGGUGGGCGACCAUGGCUUCGUGGUGCUGCCCACGGGAGAGGUGUGGUCCAGGCCAGAUGGCUCCUACCUCAACAAGCUGCUCAUCACCCGGGCCAAGGAGGAGGACGCUGGGAUGUACAUCUGUCUGGGUGCCAACACCAUGGGUUACAGCUUCCGCAGUGCUUACCUCACCGUGCUGCCAGGUGAGUGGAACACCCUGCUACACCCUGUUUAACCAUAACACCCUGUUACACUCUGUUUAACCAUAACACCCUGUUACACUCUGUUUAACCAUAACACCCUGUUACAACCAUAUUAUAGCACCCUGAUACACCCUCUUUAACCAUAACACCCGGUUACAACCAUAUUAUAACAGCCAGUUUAACCAUAACACACUGUUACACCCUGUUACAGCCAUAUUAUAACAACCCGUUACACACUGUUUAACCAUAACACCCUGUUACAACCAUAUUAUCACACCCUGUUUAACCAUAACACCCUGUUACACCCUGUUUAACCAUAAUACCCUGUUACAACCAUAUUAUAACACCCUGAUACACCCUCUUUAACCAUAACACCCUGUUACAACCAUUACACCCAAUUUAACCAUAACACCCUCUUACACCCUGUUUAACCAUAACACCCUGUUACAACCAUAUUAUAACAACCUGAUACACCCUGUUUAACCAUAACACCCUGUUACACCCUGUUUAACCAUAAUACCCUGUUACAACCAUAUUAUAACACCCUGAUACACCCUCUUUAACCAUAGCACCCUGUUACAACCAUAUUAUAACACCCUGUUUAACCAUAACACCCUGUUACACCUUGUUUAACCAUAACACCCUGUUACACCCAUAUUAUAACACCCUGUUACACCCUGUUUAACCAUAACACCCUGUUACACCCUGUUUAACCAUAAUACCCUGUUACAACCAUAUUAUAACACUCUGUUACACCCUCUUUAACCAUAACACCCUGUUACACCCUGUUUAACCAUAAUACCCUGUUACAACCAUAUUAUAACACCCUGUUACACCCUCUUUAACCAUAACACCCUGUUACACCCUGUUUAACCAUAAUACCCUGUUACAACCAUAUUAUAACACCCUGAUACACCCUCUUUAACCAUAGCACCCUGUUACAACCAUAUUAUAACACCCUGUUUAACGUUUAACACCCUGUUACACCUUGUUUAACCAUAACACCCUGUUACACCCAUAUUAUAACACCCUGUUACACCCUGUUUAACCAUAACACCCUGUUACACCCUGUUUAACCAUAAUACCCUGUUACAACCAUAUUAUAACACUCUGUUACACCCUCUUUAACCAUAGCACCCUGUUACAACCAUAUUAUAACACCCUGUUACACCCUGUUUAACCAUAACACCCUGUUACAACCAUAUUAUAACACCCUGUUACACCCUGUUUAACCAUAAUACCCUGUUACAACCAUAUUAUAACAACCUGAUAUACCCUGUUUAACCAUAACACCCUGUUACAACCAUAUUUUAACAACCUGAUACACCAUAACACCUUGUUUAACCAUAACACUCUGUUACACCCUGUUUAACUAUAACACCCUGUUACAACCAUAUUAUAACAACCUGUUACACCCUGUUUAACCAUAACACCCUGUUACAACCAUAUUAUAACACCCUGAUACACCCUGUUUAAACAUAACACCCUGUUACAACCAUGUAACAUCCUGUCACAUUCACAACCAAACAACAUGUGAUGCACCCAUCAUCCACAACUGUCCAACUGAAGUUGUUUUAAUAAUUGUUAUAUUUUCUACUGUAUGAAUUCACCAUCAGGUUUUAAUAGGGACUUUUGACCAAGCUGCUCAUAACUCUCCAUAUUUUCUCUUCUCUUCCCUCCAGACCCAAAGCCUCACCACACUCCCAUCCCCACGGCCACCUCCCCCAGCCUGCCCUGGCCUGUGAUCAUCGGCCUCCCAGCCGGGGUGGUGUUCAUCCUGGGUACUGUCCUGCUGUGGUUCUGUCAAUCCAAACGCCACUGCUCCUCUGGAGGUGUGGUCACCGCCCAGGCCCUGUCUGCCUCACAGCGCCCGCCCCCCCGGGUGCCAAACUGCCCCCCCAGCGUGGACAAAGACUGCCUGAGCUACUACAUGACCCAGCAGCAGCAGCUCCUCCUGGCCCAGGGAGGCAGCGGUCUGACGGUCCCUAAAGUCUACCCAAAGAUCUACACGGACAUCCACACACACACCCACUCACACAUGGAUGGCAAAGUGCACCAACACCAGCACAUCCACUACCAA